UGAGCCAGUCACCUUCUGGCUGGGUACUAAGAUACACCUCAGUGUGUGUGUGGCGGGGACCUUACUUAACCUGCCAUAUACAAUACGUCUUUAGCCUGAAGCAUAUAUAUCAGUUAGUGUGGUCGUCCCCCUCACUGUUGUUAUGAUGGAACAUAUUAAGCAAGGAAUAAGUUUCUUUAGAAGAGUGUCUUUCACGACUCUCUCCCACCAGGACCGACUCGACAUACUCUUCGGGACGUUCUUCGUACAUCUCAUCCUCACAGUGUGGAGCAGCCCGUGUGGGUGUCUGCCCCAGAGCUUCAUCGUCUACAACAGCUUCUUCCUCUUCACCAUCAUCUGGAGUCUACACCAGCGGGAGUCUGAGGAGGCUCCCUUCAUGGCGAUGUGCAUCAACCUCCUUUCCAUUGUGUUCGACAUUGUGAACCUCGCACUGUAUUGGCCAUUAUUAAUGACUGGAUCAAUGAAGUUUGGGGGAGCAAUGGCUGUGAUGAACUUAGUAUUGCGUCCUAUCUCCAGCUUUCUGCUCUUCCGUAUUGUGCAGGACCGGGCCAGAGAGGUGGGGGGCCACAGUCUACCUUCUGGCUUUGAGGGUAUUUUUGCUAGUCGCAAACACACUCAAUAUGAAGACAUUGAUCAGGCUCCCGGAACCAAACCUUUGACAUCUGUUGACCCUGAGAGUGGUCCAACAUCAUCUGCUUUACUCAAGGGGUAAACCUUCUCCACCUAAGAGACAACUCACACGACAUAUCAGGUCAGCAGGGUUGAUGAUUCUUUCAAAAACAUCUUGGUAAGUUCUUGAGAAACAGAAAAGAAAUGUAACAAUGUUUUUAUCUGCAACAAAAAUGUUAAAAUUUUGAAUAUUCAGUAGAUAUAUUAGUCAACUAGUCAAUAGCAAUAUAUUUCAUAUACAGAACUGUAUAAGUGAAUGUACACAAAGGAGUUAAGUUAUUUAACUCCCAAAACGUGUAUGAAUUAGAUUAUUUCAAAUUAUAUAAGACUUCUUCAAAACUGGAUAACUUUUACUAAAAAAAUUAAAGAGCAGAAUACCUAAUUCAGUGAGAGGAUAUGUUUGUUUAACUAACACUUCCAACAAAACAUCUCACCUUUUCUAAUGAGCUGGAUGUUUCCAUGUUACUGAACCAAACCAAAACCAUUCCCUAAAUAAAA